AUGAAUAGUGGGAAGUUUUGGAAUAACUAAAAUAUUCCUUAAUUUGAUCAUAAUGAGACUUAGAAAGUUUUAAUCUCAACUUUCUACAAAUUUGGUUAACGAUUAGGUCAGAAAUGUUUUCGCCAGUAUAUUCUAAUUCGGCAAUAUUUGUUAUAUUCAGAUGUUGGCAAUUUUAAACACAUUAAGGGAAGUGUUAAAUUGGAUGGUGUCUAUGCAUCAUUUUAAAUAUCUAAUUCAGAAAAUCAGAUAUAUCUUAAAAAUAAUGGAUUUCAAAUUGUUUUAUGUACAGAGGAUACAAAUCAAUACCAGUUAUGGGCGAAACUCUUAUCUAAUUGUUGUAUACUCACUACAUUUAAUGAGGAUAUGAUCUUGGGAAAAUUGAUAGGAAAUGGAAGCUUUUCAACAGUAUUUAUGCAUAUUAAUGAGGUAUAUGAGGGAAGAAAUAAGGAAGGCCAUAUAUUUGCAAUUAAAGCAAUACCUAAAACGAAAUCCAAAUUAUCAACAAUAAACAAGUAAUAUGAAGAGCAAUUGUUAAGUGAAAUUUCAAGUUUAAGAGAGUUGGACCAUGUAAACAUUUUAAAGCUUCAUCGAGUUUAUGAGACAGCAGAAAAAUUAUAUUUAGUUACUGAAUUUAUUCAUGGUUAUGAAUUAAUCUCAAAAGCUGCCAGCAAACCCAUCUUUCAAGGAUCUGAGUUGAAAUGCUUCAUUCACCAAAUGCUCUUGGCAAUUAAGGAUAUGCAUCAACACAACAUCAUGCAUAGAGAUAUUAAGCCAUAGAAUAUCAUGUUAAAAAAUGGCCAGCUAUCUUAGCCGUGUCUUAUCGACUUCGGGUUGGCUGUAAGUACUAAGAAAAAAGGAUUUCCAUUUCCAUCCUGUGGAUCUCCUGGGUAUAAUUCAGUUAAAUUUUCUUAGUUAUUCAGCCCCAGAAAUAAUAAGAUUUGAUGAAACCAAAAAAGAAUAUGGUGGAUAGUGUGAUAUAUUCAGUUUUGGUGUAACAUUAGUUGUUAUGUAUUUCUUUGUUCUUAUAUAAGGCUCUAUGGAUACAACCCAUUUAAGGCGUAGGAUUAAAAAUAAACAAUCAAGAGGAAUGCUGAAGCAUAUUUUGAAUUCCCUAGUAACAUUUAUCCACAAGAAUGUAUGAAGUUAAAUAAGCAAUAUUUAGUAGAACAUUUGAUUUUGUAGAUGACAAAAAAGUAUCCAAAAGAUAGAAUCACAGCGGAGUAGGCUCUAAGCCAUCCUUUCUUUUAGAUUAAACUUAAUCAAACAAUUCAACUACCCAAGGCUAUUUUGUCAAAAUAGUAGUAUGAAAUGAACAAAAACUUCAAUAAUAUAAAUGUACAUGCUAGUUUAGAAAUGGACAGAGAGUUCGGAUUGAAUUAUGCCAUUCAACUCUGUAGUUGUUCUCCUUAAGAUAAUAAAAAUCGAACUUGCACUUUAUCAAGCAAUCCAAAUAAAUUACAAUAAAUUGAUGAAUUUCAAUUAGACUGUGUUGAAGAUUCAAUUGAUAGUAAUCAUAUAGAUAAGCUUAAGAUGAGUCAAAGGCAUUUUUGUAAAUAAAAGUCAUAAAUCAACAGUCAAUUUUGA